AUAUAAAGACUAUACGUCCUACAUGACGAAGGAAAAGCUUGAUGUACAAACUAGUCAAUCGCCUUCAACUACUCUUCAACGCACCAGGAUGGUGACCAGUUUAGACGAUAUCCAGUCUAUGAGAUUUUGGAAAGCGGUGAUAGCUGAGUUUCUGGGAACUCUCUUGUUGGUAUUGGUUGCUUGCGGAUCAUGUAUCGAACUCAUAGAUGGUGUUAAAUCAUCAAUUGUGCAGAUUGCGUUAUGUUUUGGACUAAGCGUUGCAACUAUCGUAUGGAACAUUGCCCAUAUUAGCGGUGGACACAUCAACCCCGCCGUUACCGCUGGCAUGCUCGCUGCCCGUAAGAUCAGUCUGGCCCGAGCCGUUUUUUAUCUCCUUUUUCAACUUGUCGGAGCUAUUGUCGGUGCUGGAAUCUUGCUGGGACUUACGCCAGACGGCUACCAUGGGUCCUUGGGUAUGACCACCGUAUCACCCAAAAUUGAUGUGGGAAAAGCUGUCGGCGUGGAAUUCAUGAUAACUUUUAUUUUGGUUUUCACUGUUUUUGCAUCUUGUGAUGGGAAGAGAAAAGAUAUUAAAGGAUCAGUACCACUGACCAUUGGUCUGUCUGUCACCAUGUGUCAUUUAUUUGCGAUACAGUAUACUGGUUCCAGUAUGAAUACUGCCAGAACUUUUGGACCAGCAGUUGUAAUAGGAAUCUGGGAACAUCAUUGGGUAUACUGGGUUGGACCGAUACUAGGUGGUGUGGUAGCUGGUUUAUUGUAUGAACAUAUCUUCGCAGCAAACGCUUCUAUGACUAAAACCAAGGCAUGCAUACUGUCUAGUCACUACGAUGAUGACAAAUAUAAGGCUCAUAAGUUGAGAGUUAGAAUCAUCGAAGAACCACUGGAGGAAGAAAAUCCUGAAGAUAGUUUUGUGUCUGAAAAGAAUGAUAAUAGAGUCUGAACACCCACCAGAUGGCCCCAAGAGAACAAACUUCAAUAAUAUCUACAUUACUAAAUUCCCAGAGGAAAAUACUACUACUACUAGACAGAUGGCCAACAGAAAUUGUACCAAGACUAGAAAUAACAGCCAAAACCCGUUGCAUGUUGAAAAGAUAUAUUUGGAAAUUCAAACUGGAACAAACAUUACAGUGGCGUGCAGAGAUUUGGUGAUGCCCGGGGACAACUACUAAAACGUAGGGCCUAGUAUCGAGAAAUGUGAGGAAGGAUCACAUAUUAGAUAUGUCAAAACAUAUGAAAUAAACGUUUUAUUGAAAUAAAGUAGGGCAGUUUGUACAACGAAGUUAAUAGAAAUAAUUUUGAUUGCACCCCCCCCCCCUCGAAAUGGAUGCCCGGGCCCGUCCAUGCACGCCACUGUCUUCGGAUACAUCGGUUGUUGUUUCUUAGCCCAUAUAAUAUCGUCAUUUAACCAGUUCCAUUAUCCAUCUUACAAAUGGGUUUAAAGAUGCAUUAUGUAAGAGCUAAAUCGGUCUAUUGCAGGUCUUUCUUUUAGCAUAAAAUGUUAUAUAUUAUAUUAUCAUUUAGACAUUUAUUGAUAUAACAAGUGUACAAUAAACUCUCUAGAUCAUCAGAUGGCCGAGAUUUAAAAGGAUUUAAACAUCCGCGAGAUUUAAAAAUUUAACAAUAAAAUAGACAAUCGAGGCUAGGCCUCUUUUGUCAAGUAUCGUCUCUACGAUAAUGAACGAUCUACGCUAUAUCUUCGAACAUUCAUAAUUUCGCCCAGAAAAAAGUAAUUUAAAUGAAAUUUUCAAUAUAUUCACUUUCCAUUAUCUAUGUUUCACUUUCUAUUAUAUAUGUUUGAACUGUUACACCAAGAACGUCCGGCUCUUUAUCUAAAUCUUUCAUAAUGCAUCUUUAAAUGAUUUCUUUUGGAUGUCAAUGAAUGAGAAAUAUACAAGGAUGUUUUGAUCAAUACUAAUAUUAUUAUCGAGUUUUGUGAUUUGUUAAAAACAAAGACAUCAUGGCACAUGCUGACCCAUGCGGGAUUCCAUUUUGUUCUCUUGAUUAUUGAUUGUAUUGUAGUUUAUAAAACGGACAGUUUUUGUUGUAAAAAGUACAGAACAUAGUUUUAAUGGUCAUAAAUGAUCAGAUCAUACGCAGUUUUAUGUGUACCGUAAUAGUAAUAUCUAUGACAGAUCUAAUCAAGUCAUUUUGUAGUAUAGAUCUAAUAAAGUCAUUCUGUAGUACAGAUCUAAUAAAAUCAUUCUGUAGUACAUAUUUAAUAAAGUCAUUCUAUAGUACAGAUUUAAUAAAGUCAUUCUGUAUUAUUUAAUAAAGUCAUUCCGUAUUACAGAUCUUAUAAAGUCAUUCUGUAUUAUUUGAUAAAGUCAUUCCGUACUACAGAUCUUAUAAAUUCAUUCUGUACUACAGAUCUAAUAAAGUCAUUCUGUAGUACAGACCCAAAGGUAUUUUUGUAUUGUAACUUUUGAAUGUAAUAUUUUGUAAUUACAUUUGGAAACGUGCUAAUAAUUAAUUAUUCAAGAAAAAAAUAUGUGUUUAACCUCUGUUGUCGCAUAUCUAAUAAAUAUAUUAUUUUUAAUGGAGAAAUAUUUAUGUGCCGUAAUAAUUUGUCAUUAAAAAUAAACAAUCAUACAAUAAUAGACUUAAACCAAUCUAAUGCCCCCAUCAAAAUUUGUUUCUGAUAGUCGCGAACAAUUAAUCGAAAGUGUCCUUCCCAGAUUGGAAAGAGAAUAGAUCGAAACACCGUUGUCAGUUUGAAAAUUACCGACGUAUUGGGCUGCCUUCAGCCAUAAUGGGAGAUAAUCGUGUUUCGCCUUUUCUCAUCAGUUCUACAUCAUACCCAUACAUAAUUUCACCGCUAUACAUAAAACUGAAACAUACUAUUAAUAAUUUUUGUCCCCCGCCUUUCGAAGAAAGCAGGGGACUAUUAAAAUGGGUACGUCCGUCCGUCCGUCCGUCCGUCACACUUUUUGGGACACAAUAACUCUCUUCCUAAUUGAGCUAGAAUGUUCAAACUUGGUGUAGGUGUCUAUUAGGUGAACGUUUAAACUUGAUGUAGAUGAGCAUUAGAUGAAUGUCUUGACUGAGUUCAAUGAUUAACAUUUCGAGCUGGAUGCUUGUCGAUGCUUUGGGUCAAGAUUAUCUUGAUUCUAUCUGAUAGAGAGUGAUGGAACUUAGUGUAUGGUUUGAUUGCUCGAUACUUUUGAAAAAAAAAAUGUGCGAUUAAUUAAUAUGUGUCAUUAUUUAUUUUGGGAUUUCGGCGGGGGACAUCAGCCUCACUUUUGGCUUGGUUUUUUUUAAAUAUAUGUAAAAGCAAGGAUUUUUAAAAAAAGAAACAUGCAUGGAGAUGAAUAUUAAUGUUGAAUUUUAUAUAGUCAUUUUGUAAAUAUAGUUUACGUUUAUUAGCAUGUUAAAAUAUUAUAAUUAUUUUAUGACUAUUAGUGAAAACUUGAUAUUACUGUAAUAAUAUAAUCUAGCAUGGUUAUUUAAAUCAAUAAACGGCUUUUUGCUAUAUCUUACGCCAUUUUUUUUACAUACCCACCUUGUACUAUACUUUUAUUUCCGUCACCUCUAUGUCCAUCGAUCAAAAUUUCUUGUGAACAUAUUAUACUCUGUCUCGCAACCGACGCCUUAUAUUAAUGAACAUUGUUUAAAGAAUUGUUCCUUCGAUUUAUUCGAACGGUAUUUUAUAAAAAAAAAUUAAUGAAAGAUUCAUUAGAUAAAAUAAUUCAAAAGAA